AUGGAUCAAGCGGCGCAAUCACUAGUAAUUCGCAUCCGUAAUUACCCUAGAAUUGAUCUGCUCUCCGCCCAUCAGCAUAGAGCAGGGCAUAGCCUGCGUGGUCCCGCGGCGGACCGUCGGGAUACAGAGGCAUUUGAUGAGUGGGCUUCCCGCGCGGCAUCAAAUCGAUCGCCCCCAGAUUUCCGAAGCCCGAAAAUGGAAGCCCGGCUCCCCGACCAGCCGGCGUUGCAAUGA